UCGACCACCAAAAUGACUGAAUCCAUUUUCUGAGGUUUGCCACACAAAAACACCACGAGGGGCAUUUUACAUCCUUGCCAGCUGUAAUAAACCAGCGCUCAGCCUUGCGCUCAAAAAGUAAACCCAAACCAUAUUUCCUGCACAAAUCGAAUUAUCAUCGCAGGACGAUCUCUCUUGAAAGCGAGAGAGAGAGAGAGUGUGUGUGUGUGCCAAACAAUGGCACGCUUGACACAAACCAGGCUCAAAAUGCCACACCUCCCACCCUCCCCCAUCCUUUCCUUCCUCGCACUCCUCCUGGCCCUCUCCUCCCUCGCCGUCACGCCGGCCCUCGCCGCCACCAAGCCCAAGAACGCCAUCCUGCUCUCGGACGUGCAGUCCCUGACGCUGCGGUCGGGGGCGCAGACGACGCACCGGCGGGUGCCGGCGGCGCCGCAGCUCAAGUGCGUCUCGUCCCCGCCGGUCUGCGCGCUGCACGACGUGGGCCUGAUGCGGUGCACGAACCAGGGGUCCGGGUACGGCGAGCAGGACAUACAAUGGUCGUGCGCGGCGGACCUGCCACCGUCGCUCAAGCUGGGCGCCACCGACGUGGUCUGCGAGGGCUACGCCCGCGCCGACGACGAGUACGUGCUCAAGGGCAGCUGCGGCGUCGAGUACCGCCUGGUGCUGACCGAGGAGGGCGAGAGGCGGUACCCGCACCUGUCCAAGACCGGAGGUGGUGGGUGGAGCAGCAAGCCAAACUCCCAGAAGCCGGCUGCAGGGCCGCAGGGUGAGGGCCUGGAUUGGAGCGGGGUCAUCUUCUUCAUCAUAUUCGUCGCGGUUCUGGUCUGGAUAGUAUACUCGGCCUGCGUAAGCGCGAACAACAAUUCAAAUGGUGCUACGAUGAGACGGCCUAGAAACGGGGGAGGCGGAGGCGGGAACGGAGGGGGAGGAUGGGGUCCAGGAGGUGGCGGCGGUGGUUUUGGUGGAUGGGGCAGUGAUGAUCCGCCGCCGCCCUACCCAGGAUCCAAACCGAACAGUUCUUCGUCGUCAUCUCAGCAGGGCUGGAGACCUGGGUUCUUCUCAGGUGCCGCAACUGGCGCGGCGGCUGGCUACAUGGCAGGCAACCGCGCGGCGAACCGUACGCAGCGGGAACAGCAGAGAAGAGAUUACGGAAGUUCGGGAUAUGGAGGCGGUGGAGGCAGUAGUAGCUGGUUCAGUGGCGGAUCUCCGUCGUCAUCAUCAUCGAGCCACAACGACAACGACUCUAGUUCGAGCACGAGAUAUGAGAGUACGGGUUUUGGCGGCACUAGUCGACGCUGAGGAGCCACGGCUGCUACGCAAAAUCAUGAUGCCAAGAGCAUAAGGCUUACAGCGAGGCGACCAAAACUUUCGAGUUACAUAUGCCCGACACAAAAGCAAUUUACGUACCUACUCAAAAUAAUUUCUCUGGUGCACAAUCGAUCCUGUAAUGUUGCUGAAAUUCUCUUUAUUGUGUCGGGUUCAAGACUCCCUUGUAAAUGUCCUUCCGACAUUGCGCACAUCUGCUAUGCGCUCUAAAUUACUUAUCCUGUUCGAAUUCAGUUGGACCCCAAGCAGUGAAAAUUUGUAACCGAUUUUCUCGGGGCGUUGCAUAUGGUAUCAGUGAUAGUUUGUGAGUCACUGACCAUACGACAACCCGGCUCUG